CGAGUCCCCCAGAACGCCUUCCCACUUUCUAUCCCAGCUUCUAUUCCACCUUUAUUCCGUCUAUUCCACCUCCUAACCCAAAAGGCAACCAAUCUUUCUAUGCUGUUAAACUUUAUUGGAACUCCUUUUCAGGGAAGUUACGAGUUAAGAAAGAGUAUAAAGAGAGUAUAAUUAUGGAAGCCUAAACCUCUGAGGAAGUCUUCUCCUAUUGCAGCUGGAAUUUGGAAGAAAGUAUAAGAGGUGGAGUUAUUAUUCACGUUAUUUUAAUAUUUUUUGGGGUUGUGGUGAUAUCUGGUUAGAUAAGAAGCAAGAGACCUUUUAACAGAGGAGAUAGGAGGAGCCCCCCAUCUUCUAAACGGCUAUAACUAGGCGGUUUGAGAGACAGAGAGGAUAUAGAAGAGAAGAAAAUAAAAAGGGCAAAAGACGCGGAGGGUGAAGAGAGAAGGGGAGGAAAAAAAAAAACAAAACGAUAAAUAUAGAGUGUAGAGAGAGAGGGAGAGAGGAGGGAGGCCGGAGGUCGCCGCCGGGCGGGCUGAUCGGAAGACCAACUGGGCUUCCGGCAAGCAGCCGCAUCGCGGGGUGGUCUGAUCCGGCGACAGGGAUCGCCGCCGAGGGAAAUUUGCGGCGGGAUUUCGAGGAAAAGCCGUUCGAUUGAGAGGGAUUUGAAUCGGACCAGGAGGACUCUUGGGAAAGGUUGGAUUUUGAUCCUUCCAUCAUGCCGGAAGGAGGGUACUACAGCUCCAAGAAGACGGACGACAUCUGCGAAGAUAUCUGCGGCGAGCAGAAUUCAAGAGCAGCUUUGAGCAUGUCAAGGCUCCGAUGCGCUCUUCGAGGCUUCGAUUUGAAGGCAUUGUUGCUUCUGUUUGUGGGUAUUCCGAUUCUCAUCUUCAUCAUCUAUGUACAUGGCCAGAAGAUCUCUUACUUUCUGAGGCCUCUUUGGGAAUCUCCCCCUAAACCCUUCAAUACCAUUCCUCACUACUACCAUGAGAAUGUCUCUAUGGAGAACCUUUGCAAGUUCCAUGGAUGGGGAGUUCGGGAAAUGCCAAGGCGUGUCUUUGAUGCGGUGCUGUUUAGCAAUGAACUUGAUGUCCUCGAAAUUCGAUGGCAUGAGUUGAGUCCAUAUGUUUCAGAGUUUGUUCUCCUUGAGUCCAAUUCUACAUUCACUGGCUUGAAGAAACCCCUCUUUUUUGCAAAGAACCGGCACCGCUUCAAGUUUGCUGAGUCCAGGCUGACAUAUGGGACCGUUGGAGGGAGGUUUGUGAAGGGAGAGAACCCUUUCGUUGAGGAGUCUUACCAGCGAGUGGCAUUGGAUCAGCUUAUCAGGAUAGCGGGCAUUACUGAUGAUGACCUAUUGAUCAUGUCUGAUGUUGAUGAAAUCCCAAGCGGCCACACAAUCAACCUUCUGAGGUGGUGUGAUGAUAUUCCUGAGAAACUCCAUCUCCAGCUUCGGAACUAUCUAUACUCAUUUGAGUUCUUCCUUGAUGACAAAAGCUGGAGAGCUUCGGUUCACAGAUAUCGAGCUGGGAAGACCAGAUACGCUCAUUUCCGCCAGACUGAUGACCUCUUGGCUGAUUCAGGGUGGCACUGUAGCUUCUGUUUCCGCCACAUCAGCGAGUUUAUAUUCAAAAUGAAAGCAUACAGCCAUGUGGAUCGUGUGAGAUUCUCAUAUUACCUAAAUCCAUCAAGGAUUCAGGAUGUGAUAUGCCGAGGAGCAGACCUAUUCGAUAUGCUUCCGGAGGAGUACACAUUCCAGGAAAUCAUCGCCAAGUUGGGACCGAUACCAAGUUCAUAUUCUGCGGUCCAUCUUCCGGGACACCUACUUCAGAAUGUUGACCAGUACAGAUAUCUCCUUCCAGGAAACUGUAAGCGUGGGAGCGGCUAAGUUUUGUUAGUGGCAUUAUAGGUUGCUUGCAAAUGCUACAGAGGAGGUAUACUUCAAAAAUUGAUCUGUGGCUUUAUAUCGGGGAUGAGUAUCUAACUUAGUUGGAUAAUUCUUCUGUGGAAAUGAGCAAGAAUGGGUGAGCUCUGUGUUAAUAUGUGCGAUGGUCUGAAGGUUUAAUUGUAUCAACACAUGCUUCCCUGGGGCCCAUUUAUUUGCAAAAGGAGCUCAGUGGAUUGUAACUACAUCAGAGAUUAUUCAUCUCUUCUUCCCUUCUCGGUAUGUGAUAUCACACUGGUUGUAGAAUGCAAUUGAGUGAAGUUUUCAAACCCUUACGUUUUGGGAAUUUGUUUUCUUCUAGAACUAAUUUAUUCAUGUAUUCUUCGUUCAACCUGCCUUGAUGUUCUAUUGAGAGAUUGUACUACCUGAUUUAUUUAAGCUCUCCAUAUGGUGACAGUUCUGAUUAAAUGAUGGGAUACACUUUUUAGCA